AUAUCACCUUGAUACUAGAGUAAAAAUUAAUAAAUGAAUAACUAGUUGUUUACAUAUGGAAAGAAUAGUUUAAGAAAACUUAACUCGGAGAAAAGAUAAUUAUAAACGAUAUUUUUUCCAAACAAAUGGAAUUUUCAUUACUUUUUUAAUAUGAUGAAGGAAUGCUAACAAUUUAUUAUAGCAUGUAUAUCUGAAAUAGAUCAUUCUUGGAUAAUAAAACUAUUAGUAUUGUUAGCCAAUGGGGGAAGGAAAAUAUAUUUGAUAAUGGAUUGUAAAGAUAAUUAGAAAAAUGAUGAAUUUUUUUAAGCAUUGAUUUGCGAAUUGUUAAUAGAGAGUCAAUUCAAAAUUAAGAUUGUUGUAAAUACUAAAAAAUACGAAAGUUUACCAACUAAUUUUUGCGUAAUUGAUGGAAAAAUUUUAAUUACUACUUCUGCAAAUUGGACAAUUAAUUCAUUUAAUAAGACUCAUGGAUGGAUGAUGAUUGAUAAAAAAUAUGAUAAUAUUAUUGAAAUGAUAGAAAUUUUUGAAUAAAUGUGGAGCUAAUUUAAAUUUGUAACAUUUAUAAAUGAAGAUAUGGCUUUGCUAGAUAAUGAAGAUUCCUAAUUUCAACCAAUUUUUACAUAUUCAUAAAAUUGUGUAUUGAAUAAGUUAUGA